GAUACUUGAUUUUGUACGAGUAGUGUCUGUGUCAAUCGAUUGUUUUGUAUUAAAAAAUAUUCAAAAAUGUCAGGAAAAUCAAAAGCAUUUACUAAAGAGGAAGAACUUUUACUUCAGGAUUUUUCCAGAAACGUUUCUACCAAAUCUUCUGCAUUAUUUUAUGGUAAUGCUCUUAUCGUCUCUGCGAUCCCAAUUUGGCUAUUCUGGAGGAUUCAUAUGAUUGAUCUAUAUGCUAAUUUGAUCUCUUUUGUUUUGGUCACUUUAAUAAGUACUUAUACUCUUGCUCUUGCAUAUAAGAAUACAAAGUUUAUUCUCAAACACAAGAUCGCAGUAAAGAGAGAAGAUGCAGUUACUAAAGAAAUGAACCGCAAGCUUGCAGAGGAUAAGAAAAUGAGUAAAAAAGAAAAGGAUGAAAGGAUUUUAUGGAAGAAAAAUGAAGUGGCUGAUUACGAAGCAACAACCUUCUCUAUCUUUUACAACAAUGCUUUAUUCCUUGCAUUCGUCAUAGUAUGUUCAUUUUAUAUAUUAAGAGCAUUCUCUCCAUCAGUAAAUUAUAUACUUUCUGUGGGCGCUACUAGUGCAUUAUUAGCAUUAUUAUCUACAGGUUCUCAAUAAUAAUAACAAUUCAAUAAUUCCA